GAAGUGGGCUGUGUCAGCCCUGUAAAUCCCUGGGUGUGGAUAAAGACUAAGAUAAACACAUGAGAAAAUGGGCUGACAAUCAGAACACCACAGAAACAUUCCCUCAAAGUCUAUGAUGGUGGUCAAAAUCUUGGACAUCUUCAGAGAGCAGAUGUUUUGGUGAUUUAAUGAUUGUGCUGCUUUACCUACUGUCCCGUGAGUCACAGCCAGCUGCACUCUAACUGGAUGUUUCAGUCCAGAGGCCUCCGCAUGGAUCGAGGGCACUCUGCAUGGUUUCCAAGGCCAAGAUCCUGGUUACAAAGACCAACAUCCUGUUUCCAGAGGCGAUCCCUCAGAGCGUCAGCAGACCCCACCUCUUCAGAUGAUGUCUACAUCAGUUGCCUUUACGCCCAGGGCUUCCGCUGCACUCUGCAGCAGAGGCCCAGCUGCAGCAGUGCCAGGUUGACUCCCAAGAGCAAUGCCAGAGGAGUGGGAGGGAGGCCAGUGAGCAGUGCUCUGGGUAGACUGGAGAACAGCCCAGGGAGGGGGACCAGAGCCAUGAGCAGACCAGUUACUGCACCCGGGGGAGGAGGAAGGAGCAGAGACCCGGGCCAGAGACCUGGAGCUCAAAUCAGGGGCAGGACAGAAUGUCCCAGAGUGCCCUGCAACACCAAACAUGACGACACACAUAGACAGCAGCAGGACACGUGGAGGGGGAAGAGGCCUUUCUCAACAUCAUCCACACUGCAUCUUUAUCUGCCUUCUUCAUCAUACUAUGAGGAUGAAGAGCAGGAGAUGGAAAUAGAGAUAGAGAAGGAGGAUGUGAGGCCAACAAUAGAAAACAACGGCCUACAAGACACCACAGAAAUGAUCAGAACACCGACCCCUUCAGAAAAUGUCACAAUGCUGAACCCUACCAAUAAUACCAGUCUACAACAGGAUCAUAAAGAAACCAUCCAAAUAGAAGAGUCCCCUACAUUAAACCCCAGUCUACAGGGCCCCUCAGAGGAUAUCAUCAGGCCACAGGUCCCUACAGAAGACCUCAACUCAAUGGAGCCCACUGACAAUCCCAGGUUUCAGGGGAUAACACAUUACAGAACAACUGGCCUUGUGUUCCCAAAGCAGAGAGCUCAUGGAUAUGACAUGGAACAGCAACAGGAAUGCAACCCUCUCCAGAUAAUGCCGGCAGCUGUUCAAGGGAGGGCCCCUACAUCUGUUAGGCAGCAUGUGAACAGACUCCCCAAAAUAAAAACCACCAAGACCUUUGUGUGGGGCCUUUCUGGACCCCAGGAGAUUAAGAGUGUGUUUGUUCUGCAGAGGCAUAUUGGCAGAUACACAAAUCAGACAUGAGAACAUUCAUAAUGCCAUUCACAUUGAAUCCCAUGUCAAUCCAUAUCUUGGGUUUGUUGGGAUAUCUUACCUGCCAGUGAGACCCAAUUCAUAUCCAAACAUAAGAAAUAGUCAGCUGAAAGGUUAGACCUUACAGGGGAGCUGUGAUUGUAAAAACACAAUCUCACAUAACCUGAUCCAAGGAAAUGCCAGAGGCAAAGAUGAUAUUGCGAUCUUACUUCCUGUUCAGAAAAGGAAAAUAUGUGUGUUGGUCUCUUUGGGUGAAAGAGAAUGUGGUUUCCUAAUGAAAAAGCAUGUAAACAUGCAUGUAUAUUACACAUUUAGCUCUGGGCUAAAAAUACCUCAUACGAGAUAUCAAAGUACACAGAUGGGCUUUGUGUUCAUGUCAAGACUGGGUUCUUCAAUUGUCCAGAUCAUUUUAGACAUAAUAGCAAUAACAUUACACGAAUGGUGCAGUGAAUACAGAACCGAAACGAGAGACAUAAGAAAAUACAAAUGCAUGCCAUGGAAAACAGCAAGCGGAUGGGAAAUUACAAUAUAUUGUGUUCAGUCCCACUGUUUAUGUGUGCGAUGGUCAGCUGCUGAGACAUUUCCCAGUCGUAAGCAGAGCAGUGGAGAAUUCUAGAUAGACUAUCCCCAGGACCCCAUACUUCAGCUUUCCUUUAGUCCCAUUACUUUAUAAAAUCAAAACCUUUCUGACCAACUCAUUUGGCUCCAUGACCAAAAUCCCCCAAAAAUGGCACAAAUAACAUGACCUUACUUCAGUUAAUACCUUACAGUAGGUUAUGGAAUAUUUUGUAAUCAUUCUGCAUUGUUGGGAAGGGCCUGUUAGUAAGCAUUUCAGUGUUAGUCUACACCGGUUGUUUACAAAUAAACAUUUGAUUGAUACAUUUUGCCCCCUUGUGGUGAAAAAAUGCAUCCUAUAGUCAUAGUCCAGGCUCCAUUGCAGCCAUAUCAUUUCAGUACUGCUGUUGAUCAAUGGCAUUUGCCAAAUACAUCGUAUGACGUCAUUGGUUGUUGCAGCCAGAUUUCAAUUAAACACUUGAAAAACACCAUAGGCAGUAUUUUAACCAAUGACAAACAAGCCCAAUGAAGGCUGCGUCACAUCGGGCCGUGAUUGGGAGUCCCAUAGGGCGGUGAACAGUUGGCCCAGCGUCGUCCGGGUUUGGCCGUCAUUGUAAUAAGAAUUUGUUCUUAACUGACUUGCCUAGUUAAAGGUCAAAAUAACAAAUGGAAAUACAAGUACAUCCCUAUAGUUUAUGGGGUUGUGCUGCUGAUGCUAAUUAACUUUCCCACAAUCACAUAUUAAUCAACCCUAUAGUAUUCUCUGAAGUCUGCACACCACGUAAUUGAGCAUGGGUGGAUUUGAGAGGGACCCCUAGGAAAUGUAGUUCUCAUUACUAAUUUUGACAUUGUUUGAGCUUUCUGUUUUACAUGAGUGAGUUUCCAGAUGU